CGUCAGUUCCGGGUCAGCCGGACAGGCGCCGGAAGUGUCUCCAUAGCGGAACGGGCAGCGGGUACGCGGCCAGGGUCUUGUUGUGCGCAGCGGGCACCAUGGUGGAGGAAGUGCAGAAACACUCUGUGCACACAUUAGUGUUCAGAUCCUUGAAGAGAACCCAUGAUAUGUUUGUGGCUGAUAAUGCAAAGCCUAUACCAUUAGAUGAUGUAAGCCACAAAUUAAAGAUGUCAAUCAAGCUUCGCACAGAUUAUGGUUCUGUGCUGCACAUGCCUAUUCUGAAGGAAAAUUUUAGAGAAAAGGAUUCUCCAAAUACAGGGGAUCUCUAUGCACAUAAACAGUAUCCUGCAAAUCAAGGACAAGAACUUGAAUAUUUGAUAACAGGUACACAUCCAUAUCCACCUGGUCCUGGUGUGGCUCUGACAGCAGACACUAAGAUCCAGAGAAUGCCCAGUGAAUCAGCUGCUCAAUCCUUAGCUGUGGCACUUCCUCCUUCUCAGUCUAGGUUAGAGGCAAAUCGUACUGCUGCUGGUGUGGGUGAUAUUUACAGACAUGCCGGGAUUCCGGAGCGUGCACAGCCUCCUGUUUUGUCCAUGGCUCUGAUGGAAGCAGGUGGGAACAAAAAUUCUGCGUUGAUUGCAAAGAAAGCUCCAACAAUGCCCAAGCCUCAAUGGCAUCCACCAUGGAAACUGUACAGAGUUAUCAGUGGACACCUGGGUUGGGUGAGAUGUAUUGCAGUUGAACCAGGAAAUCAGUGGUUUGUUACUGGCUCUGCUGACAGAACUAUAAAGAUCUGGGACCUUGCUAGUGGCAAAUUAAAAUUGUCUUUGACGGGGCACAUUAGUACUGUACGAGGGGUGAUAGUAAGCGGAAGAAGUCCAUACCUCUUCUCUUGUGGAGAAGAUAAACAGGUGAAGUGCUGGGAUCUUGAAUAUAAUAAGGUUAUUAGGCAUUAUCACGGUCACCUAAGUGCAGUCUAUGGUUUGGACUUGCACCCGACAAUAGAUGUGCUGGUAACGUGUAGCAGAGAUUCAACUGCACGAAUUUGGGAUGUGAGGACAAAAGCCAGCGUGCAUACAUUAGCGGGACACACAAAUGCAGUAGCAACAGUGAAGUGUCAAGCUGCAGAACCACAGAUUAUUACAGGAAGCCAUGAUACCACAAUACGACUGUGGGACUUAGUGGCAGGAAAAACUCGUGUCACUUUGACAAAUCACAAGAAAUCUGUAAGAGCAGUUGUACUGCAUCCAAGACAUUAUACAUUUGCAUCUGGUUCUCCAGAUAAUAUUAAACAGUGGAAAUUCCCAGAUGGAAACUUCAUUCAAAACCUUUCUGGUCAUAAUGCUAUUAUCAAUACAUUGGCUGUGAAUUCUGAUGGAGUAUUGGUAUCAGGAGCUGAUAAUGGCACUAUGCAUCUUUGGGACUGGAGAACUGGGUAUAAUUUCCAGAGAGUACAUGCAGCUGUACAGCCUGGUUCUUUGGACAGUGAAUCAGGAAUAUUUGCUUGUGCAUUUGACCAGUCGGAAAGCAGAUUGCUCACUGCUGAAGCUGAUAAAACCAUAAAAGUGUACAGAGAAGAUGAUACUGCGACUGAAGAAACUCAUCCUGUCAGCUGGAAACCAGAAAUUAUCAAGAGAAAGCGAUUUUAAUGAGGCAACAUCUGCAUAGUUAUGCUUUCAUUUUGUUUUGGCUUUCCUGAGAGCAUUAUGUUCUGUAUAGAACUGCAGAGCAGGAACUCAGCUAAAUUCAUUGCUGUUUCACCUUGUUUUACAAUAAAUUUUGUUUCUAUUAGGGUUUUUUGUUUUUGUUCUUGUUUGAGGUUUUUUUGGAAUAAUAAUAAUCCCAGGAAACCAGCUGCAGCUAUUAACUAUUUGACUUUGUUGAGCAUGUAUAGUUCAUGAAUAGGAUAGACAUGCUGGUAGUAAUUUUAUCAUAUAUUCAUUGUGUGAAAGAGCUCUGAAGAUAUAUUGAUGAGCCAGUUUUUCUGGAAGACUCUUGUCAUUAGUUCUUGGAGACAAAACAAGUUCUUGGAGUCAAACAUUCUACAGGAUUUUUUUUAGACAAUGAAAUUUUUAGAUUUUUAGAGCAGUAUUGUUUACCCCUUAUUCCUGUUAAAUUACUGUCACUGAAUAAUAAAACCAUCAAAGAGGGUGCAAGACUGUAUGACAAUUAUGAGCUUUGCUUCAUGAAUGUGAGCCACUGAGCAUUGCCAGAAAUUAUACUAUUUGGUGAAACUGAGUUUAAAGUCAAUUUUUUUUUUCCCAUUAGAAAAACUUUUACCUUAUACCUAAAAUUUGGGUAGUAAAGUGUGAAAGUAAAAUCUGUUUGGACCGUUACAGUGAAUAUUUUAUAGUUAUAUUUGAAAGUAUCAUUGUCAAGAUGUUCAGGACCAAAUGACUUAUCUUGUUUAAUUAUAUUUUGUCUUUAUCAAUUGUCAAAAUCAUACAUGAAUCAUCUAAAACUUUUUUAAACUGUUCUUUUGGUGCUAAACUCUUCUGAAUUAGAUUUGGAGACUGUAAAUCAUAUCUUAAUGUUACAGCUUACCACUGCAUUAUUGAGACAUUUGUAAUAUUUGAAAAAUAACUUAGUAUUCAUGAAGGUGAUGCAUUAGUAACCCUAGAAAGGCAAGUCUUUCAUCUGUUUACAGAACAUGCAAGUGAUGAGCAGCAGAAGUGCAAGCAAAUUUGUAUUUUGUCAGUGAGCUCAGUCCUGUUCUGAAAUAAUUUCAUAUGGGGAGAAAGUAUUUGUAAUUGACCCUGACCUUGGCCUCAAUCCUUGGUUUUCCAGAUGAUACUGUUAACAAAGACAGUUGUGAUGGUGGUUUUCCUAUUGUGAAUAUAUACCUGUCCAUUAAGAACUUUGCUUGGCCACUAGUUGGAUAUUAACAACUUCUAGUUGCUGCCAACCUGGCUUUGAUAGUCAAAGCUGUGAACUAUUGUUGGGAGAACUGCCAGUUCCUGGAGCCCUCUGUUUCAGAGAAUUUUUAGUUUUGGGUCUUUUGUAAUGCAAGUAUGUGUGUUAACAUUAUAAGAAUAGUUAAACAUUAUUUAAUGCCGUCUAAAAGAUUUUAGAAGGAACACAGUCUAGUAUACAUCCUUUGCUGAAUACUAUAUUUAAAAAUAAUAGACUAGAUAGUGUCCUUUUAAAACAAUACAUGCAGCUUAAAACAGUUGCAGUUGGGUUUAAGACUAUUGCCUAAAGUGUUAUGUCCACAAUGUUUUAAACAUAUAAUUGGAAUGAUUUUGUUCAGUUGCUAUACAUCAAGUUUUACUGCCUUUCAGGUCAAGAUACUUCAAGGUAUGAAAGAAAAAAAAAGUUGGGAGAGAUAAGUAGCGCUUUCACAAUUCUUCAAAAGAAGAAGACAUGUUUAAAAGCAAAAAAUCUGAAAUACUGUCAAUAUUAAAUUUUGGGUUAAAGCUGCUUUUAAAAUAAAUGAACAUCUGACUUUUAAA